AUGGAAAAUAAAGAACUGAAAUUCAGAGUUAUGCAAAUACAGGGUCCUGUUCAGAAUCAGCUGAUGCACUCACCAGAUGGCCAGGGAUACAGACAUCAGACACCAGGGAAGGUUCCUCCCCAUCAGUCUUUGGGACAGUAUAACUACAGUGGCUCUCAGAAUGUUCCUCAGUUAAACAAUUAUCAAGGACCUGGGCAGACUCUCAACAGACCACCAGUGGCACCUUUCUCUGGGUCACCAGUACAACAAACAGGUCCCGUUCCACAAGUGCUGCCUGGAUUGCAAAACUCUGCUGCUGGAUCACCUGCUGGGAGCUUUCCUCCUGGAGCUAACCCACCAGUGCUUUCAAACUGGCAGCACAGCCAGUCUCCUGUGAGCCAGCCAGUGGGGUCUCAAACCAGCCAUUUGGCUCACAUGACAGGGACAGGGUCAGCUCAGCCACCACUGUCCUUACCAGGAAAUACAAAUCCUCCAGGAAGUUACCAAUAUGCUGCUUCUCCAGGUGGUCCUCCGCUUCAGAACAGCUACAUGAAGCCAGGAUCAGCACCUCCACCAGUGACUCAGCCUUUAACUCCACUCCAGCCCCCUCCACCUUUAGGACCCCCACCAGUUGGUGGUCCACCUUUAAUUAGACCAUCAACACUGACAGCAGGACCACCUAACACACAGUCUCUGCUAAACUCAACUGCAAAUCGAGAAGGUGAUGCUACAUCUGCUGCCAGUGAUGGGUCUGUGGUGCAGAACAGCUAUGAUGCAAUAGAAGGUGGUGGCCUCAUGGCAACUCCACAUCCCUCUCCUGCACCCCCAAAUCUUAAGAUGAAUAGAAGUGUUGGGUAUUCAUACCCUACCUUACCUCCAGGCUACCAGAAUACUUCUCCACCUGGAGCACCAGGAAUGCAAACAUCUGCUUUGCAAUAUCCAGAUGGAUCAAAACAUUUACAACAGCCUGGCCUGGGCACUAAUCACUUAACUGCAUCUAUGGGUAGCCUGAGUCUACAGCAAGAAGGAUUAAAACCUGUUAAUCUUCUUCAAGAAAGAAAUAUUCUCCCUACAACCCUCUUGAAGGCUCCUGUCCCAAACUUGCAUGAAGAGAUCCAGAAGCUCAACUGUAAUCCUGAGUUGUUCCGCUGUACCUUGACUAACAUUCCUCAAACUCAGGCCUUAUUGAAUAAAGCCAAACUUCCUUUGGGGCUCCUGCUUCAUCCUUUCAAAGACUUAUCGCAAUUGCCUGUGGUCACCUCAAGCACUAUUGUGAGAUGCCGUUCCUGCCGGACGUACAUUAACCCUUUUGUCAGCUUUCUAGACCAAAGGAGAUGGAAAUGCAAUUUGUGCUACCGAGUGAAUGAUGUUCCUGAAGAAUUCAUGUAUAAUCCUGUGACAAGAGUUUAUGGAGAACCUCAUAAAAGACCUGAAGUCCAGAAUGCUACUAUUGAAUUCAUGGCUCCAUCUGAAUACAUGCUUCGUCCACCUCAACCACCUGUGUACCUCUUUGUGUUUGAUGUCUCUCAUAAUGCAAUAGAGACAGGAUACUUGAAUACAGUCUGCCAGACCUUGUUAGACAAUCUUGACUUGCUUCCUGGAAACACUAGAACAAAAAUAGGCUUCAUAACAUUUGACAGCACAAUCCAUUUCUACAGUCUUCAGGAAGGUCUCUCUCAGCCCCAGAUGCUUAUAGUUUCAGAUAUUGAAGAUGUAUUUAUACCAAUGCCAGAAAACUUACUAGUAAAUUUAAAUGAAAAUAAAGAGCUAAUUCAGGAUCUGCUGAGGAGCCUGCCACAGAUGUUUACCAAGUCCCUGGAAACUCAGAGUGCUCUGGGGCCUGCAUUACAGGCUGCCUUUAAACUGAUGUCCCCCACUGGAGGUAGAAUCUCUGUCUUCCAGACACAGCUUCCAUCUGUGGGAAUGGGAGCUCUGAAGUCACGAGAAGAGCCAAACCAAAGAGCAGCUGCAAAGGACAUUCAUCUGACACCAUCAACUGAUUUUUACAAGAAGUUAGCCUUGGACUGCUCAGGGCAACAGGUUGCAGUGGAUUUAUUUCUUCUUAGUGGACAAUAUUCUGACUUGGCUUCUCUAGGUUGUAUAUCAAGGUAUUCUGCAGGCAGUGUCUAUUACUACCAGUCUUACCAUCAUAAACACAACCCUGUCCAGGUGGAGAAGUUGCAAAAGGAACUGAAAAGAUAUUUAACUAGAAAGAUUGGGUUUGAGGCUGUCAUGAGGAUAAGAUGCACCAAAGGUCUUUCCAUUCAUACUUUCCAUGGGAACUUCUUCGUAAGGUCUACAGACUUGUUGUCCUUACCCAACGUAAACCCAGAUGCAGGAUAUGCUGUGCAAAUGUCAGUGGAAGAGAGUCUGACUGAUAUGCAAGUAGUUUCCUUUCAGUCAGCUCUCCUGUACACAUCCAGCAAAGGUGAAAGACGAAUUCGUGUCCACACUAUGUGCCUACCUGUGGUAACAACACUGAGUGAUGUCUACCUGGGGGCAGAUGUUCAAGCCAUCACGGGGCUGUUAGCCAAUAUGGCUGUGGACCGCUCAGUCUCUGCCACCCUGAGCGAUGCUCGGGACGCCCUGGUCAACGCUGUCAUCGAUUCUCUGUCCGCUUAUCGCUCCUCAGUGCUGAGCAUCCAGCAGCCUGGCCUCAUGGCCCCCCACUCCCUGAGGCUCUUCCCUCUCUAUGUACUGGCACUCUUAAAACAGAAAGCUUUUCAAACUGGGACAAGCACACGUUUAGAUGAGCGCAUUUUUACCAUGUGUCAAGUGAAGAACCAGCCCCUUGUUUACCUCAUGCUUAUGACACACCCCAGCCUGUACAGAGUGGAUAACCUCACGGAUGAGGGAGCUCUUAACAUAAAUGACAGAACUAUACCUCAGCCACCUGUCCUCCAGCUGUCUGUGGAGAAGCUGAGCAGGGAUGGUGCUUACCUAAUGGAUGCUGGCUCUGUAAUGUUUCUGUGGAUUGGGAAGAACUGUGGGCAGAACUUUAUCAGCCAGGUCCUUGGAGUUCCAAAUUAUGGCUCAAUACCCCAGAAUAUGACACAUCUCCCAGAACUUGAAACUGCAGAAUCCGUCAGAACAACAGCUUUCAUUUCAUGGCUAAGGGAACAGAGACCUUUCUUUCCUAUACUAUAUAUAAUCAAGGAUGAGAGUCCAUUGAAAGCAAGUUUUCUGCAAAACAUGAUUGAAGACAGAACAGAAUCAGCCUUAUCAUACUAUGAAUUCCUCCUUCAUAUACAGCAGCAAGUGAAUAAAUGAAACACUAGCCUUUGGCUCACUUCUUUAAGGAAAGAUUUUGCAGUAAAGAACGAUUGUCCUUGUAUUAUCUUCAUUAAAUCUGUGGCCUGAGGCAGUUGAUGAGAACUUCUCACUGUGAUUUCAACAAACUAAAGCAAAUAAAGGACCACAUCUAAGAAUCAAAUGUGCAACUACGUAAUAUUGUACCUUAAAAAAAAAAGAAAUCAAACUGUUGGAACUGGUUGAGCACCUUUAAUUUGCUGCAAAUCAUGUUUUUACUGUUAGUAGUUGCAGCAUGAAGUACAUUUACAGAGGCAAUACUGAAAAGGUGAAAUACAUUUUGUAAAAUAAAGAGUUCUUUGUUGUUCAAAAUGUA